GUGCUUCGGCUUUGGCCAGACGGCUGUUUGUGCAUACCCCACGAUUGUAUUGAUUCCCACGGGGGUGGGUGUGGUCAAAACGGGUCAAUACAUAGUGCAGUGGCCUUCACGCGGGUAUGAUGAGAAUAAGGUCCAUCAAUAUACAUUUUAAUAAAUAAUUGGGUCCAAAGCAUUAGAGAUUCUGGUUGCCACAUUUGCAUCAGAUCUCCCCUUGUUUUUCGACCUCAAGUACUGUCUUUACGCCUCACAUAUUCGCGACCCGUGAACGAUCCUGCGUUUCUUUCCUCAACCAUGAGUAUCCCCUUUUUCGUAUUCUUUCUUUUUUGCUGGUUGGCCCGAGUCAUGGGCGGUCGUGUCGAGGUCAAGUUGAAAGGAGGGCCUAGCCCAGAGCUUGUCAAGGUUUCAAAAUGCACGACGGUCGCUUCGGGCAUCUUGAAGACCACUACUGGCCACAAUGUCUCCCUCUCCUCCGAUGUCCUGACGUUCGAUACGAACGGCAUGGAAGUUGAGUUCCAGAGCUGCCAGCCUAACUUCGGGAAUUUCAACGGCACGAACGGUAGCCCUGUAGGAGGCCACCUUAGGGUCAAAUCGAACGGGGAAUGUCUGAGUCUGCUUUCCCCAUUAACGAAUCCGCCAUUUGCUGUUGUCUCUGCUCCUUGCUAUGACUCCGACGACAGCGGGCAGACCUUCCUAAACGUUGUUCGGCAAAGUGAUGGGAGAAUAUACUUCGUUGGAAAUACUCAGGUGAACGGGUCAUGGACGUUCUUCCAUUCUCAGUGCCUUUCUGGAUACUUCGGUCCGUCUGGCAUACCAACAAGCGGUGACGUUCAGCUUAAUUGCGUCAAGAAUGUUACUGGGCAUGCAGUCGGUUUCACGGGCCUAUUCGAACGAAAUUCAACACAGACCCUCAUCCGAUAGGCGAAUAGCAGAUUUGUGGCGUAUCGCAACGGAUCCUUAACUAACCCUGUCGCGGGGCUUGAGGCCCACUACAAUUUCUUUUGGCAUAUUAGGUUACUUCUUCUUGCUUUCAUUUCUAGUGCCAUACUAUAUUAUUCGCUCUGCAGGGACAGGCGGAAGGCACUCAAUAUUUCAUCUAGUUGCUAUCAUUUUAUCGCAAUCUGAGCCACUCAACAAUCGUUUGACUCCUUGAAAUCAGUUCAAUUCUUGAGUUUUGCCAAGGUGAUCAGAGUCUCCAUUGCACUUUCUUGAUUGCUUCCUGCUAGGCUAGGACUCCUUGCGUUUGUCCCCUCGAACUUCGAGUCCAUGCGUAAUUAUAUAGUUUGUGAUGCUCGCGCCGGACGAUAGUUACGGUUUCAGCUCUGAAUAUACUUCAGUGGUAGAUCACACAACUAAUUACGACGGUAACUAGCGCUG